CGUAAAUCCGGAAGUCGCCCUCGUGGAAAUAUGGCUGUGCAAAGCUGGAUCGAUGACCUGAAAUCCUCUCAGAAAACGGCAUUAAUACACGACGGGAAGAGGAAGAUCCAUUACCUGUUUACAGAUGGAAAAGAAAUGGCAGAAGAGUAUGAUUUGAAAACAGAUGAACUCAUCUGCAGAAAGUGGCGUCAGAAAAGCGCACUGGGAGUUCAGGGUGUUUGGCAGGUGGAGGUUGGUGAGCCAGUCAACAUGCCUGCAGCUCUGGACCCUGAUGUCAUCAAAGAAAACUGUUCCAACCCAUUAUUCAUGCGUAAAGACACAAAGAACAGCUUUCAGUGGAGAAUCCGGAACCUUCCCUACCCAAAAGACGUCUUCAGUGUUUCCGUGGAACCCUCUGAGAGAUGCAUCAUCAUAAAGACUACAAAUAAAAAGUAUUACAAGAAGUUCAAUGUUCCUGAUCUGGAUCGAAACAAGCUGCCACUCAGUGCAUCUGCACUCAGUUACACACACGCCAACAAUACUUUAAUAGUCAGUUACCAGAAACCCAAAGAGAUUUUAACCCUCGAACAGGAGCUGCUGAAGGAAGUGAAGAAACUGAAGGGGACGGGUGAAGGGGACGUUGACUGUAAAACCCAUUGAAUUCUGAGCGUGAUGAAAAGAAAAUGAUAGAGGACUGCAUUCAAAGCAGCAGCCAAGGGAUUGUCAUUUCCCACUUUACUUGCAAGCUUAUGUUUAAGCUUUUUCUAGAGGAUCCCUUUGUUUGGGUUCUCAAAGCCUUGUUUCUGGUCUAGUGAUUUCAGUUUUGGUGUAUAAUCGCUCCCUUGAUGUUAACUUUAUAAUAAAAAAUUAUACCUGCA